AUGCCGUCAAACUACCGAACCACCGCCGCUUUUAAGUGGUAUGAGCAGGGUGCUGCUGAUGGAAUGCGCCCCUCCCGUCUCCCGGAGUAUGAGACGGAUGGCCAAGGCAGAGUUCAGGUUGCCGUUGGCGAGAAGUACUGCCGCGCCUCCGAUGACGAUGGCGAGACCCUGUGCCCCAACCGAAAGGCUUGGUCUUCCCUGGGUGCUCUAAAGAAGCACAUCAAGGUGGCCCAUGGCCUGGAGGUGGCUCCCUCCGUCCAGGGUAGCCUAACGUCCUUCGAGGACAACAAGAUGGCCAAGUUCUACCGCGACAUGUACCGGCUGGCCACCGGUGAGGACGUGGAGCUCUCCACUCCUCGUAAGGCAAAGGCUGUCGCUGCCGACAAGGAGGCUCUGUUGGCCCUUCCUCUAAAGGAGAAUGGUACUCCUGACUUCGACAAGAUGAAGAAUGCCACCGGUCGUGCUUGCCCUCCCCCGUCCUACGCCACCGAUUGUGUGGUUUGGCGCGCCCAUCGCCACCCUGACCUGGGUGCAGACGAGGAGAUCUCCGUGGCCGUCCCUCGCCCCUCCUCCACCCGCCGCAAUCGCCGUGUGUCCCGUGCCCGCGCGGCUACCCCCCCGUUGGGCGUCUCUCCCCUCGCCGGCAACGGCAACAAUUAA